AUGACGACAAUGGAUCUCCGCGUCGGCAACAAGUACAGGAUUGGCCGCAAGAUCGGCAGCGGUAGCUUUGGUGACAUCUACCUUGGCACCAACAUCAUCUCCGGCGAAGAGAUUGCCAUCAAGCUCGAGAGCGUCAAGGCCAAGCACCCGCAGCUCGAAUACGAAGCCCGCGUCUACAAGUCCCUCGCCGGAGGUGUCGGUAUCCCAUUCGUCCGCUGGUUUGGAACCGAAUGCGACUACAAUGCCAUGGUCUUGGAUCUGCUCGGCCCUAGCUUGGAAGACCUCUUCAACUUCUGCAACCGGAAGUUCUCGCUCAAGACGGUCCUCCUGCUCGCCGACCAGCUCAUCUCCCGGAUCGAGUACAUCCACGCCAAGUCUUUCAUCCACCGUGAUAUCAAGCCGGACAACUUCCUCAUGGGCAUUGGCAAGCGUGGAAACCAGGUCAACGUGAUCGACUUUGGGUUGGCCAAGAAGUACCGUGACCCCAAGACCCACUUCCACAUCCCGUACCGUGAGAACAAGAACCUCACUGGCACUGCCCGCUAUGCCUCCAUCAACACCCACUUGGGAGUUGAACAAUCCCGCCGUGAUGACAUGGAGUCUCUCGGCUAUGUCAUGCUCUACUUCUGCCGUGGCUCCCUUCCCUGGCAGGGCCUCAAGGCGGCCACCAAGAAGCAGAAGUACGACCGCAUCAUGGAGAAAAAGAUGACGACGCCCACCGAGGUUCUCUGCCGUGGCUUCCCGAACGAGUUCGCCAUCUACCUGAACUACACCCGAUCCCUCCGCUUCGACGACAAGCCGGACUAUUCCUACCUCCGCAAGAUCUUCCGCGACCUCUUCGUCCGCGAAGGCUUCCAGUACGACUACGUGUUUGACUGGACGGUCUACAAGUACCAGAAGAACGCCCAGGCCAUUGCCCAGGCUGCUGGCAACGCGCCGGGCGAGGAAGAUGACAAGACCGGCCGCGGACGUCACGUCACCACGACCAACGCCGCCAACGCUGGCACUGCGGCUGCUUCCACCAACAAGCGUGGCCCAGUCAAUGCGCGUCAGGAGGGCACCGGAAUGUGA